CAGGCAAGAGACGGAUGCAAGCUCUCCUCCCUCCUGUUCCUGUCCUGUUGCAUCCAUCCAUUCUCUUACCCAUCCAUCUCUCCAUCCAUCUCUCCACUCUCAAGGGCGUCACAGGGGGUAACAUUACCCGGUCGAGAAGCGCAUGCAUGCAUGCAUGUUUGCGUAGACCCUCAGUGUAUGUAGGCUACGUUAGCGUCUGCUCUGCGUGUGGAUCUGCUGUCAUGAGGAGCUGAAACAGAACCGACAGGAGGAUGAAAAUGCUCCGGUUUCGCAGCCCCAGCAUCCGCUCCUUAGACCAGGAGAUCCUUUGUACGAUCCGGUUACUGGACGACUCUGAAAUCUCCUGCAGCAUCCAGAGAGACACCAAAGGUCAGUUCCUGUUGGACCAUGUGUGCAACCACUACAACCUGCUGGAGAGAGACUACUUUGGGAUUCGAUAUGUGGACCCAGAGAAACAGAGGCACUGGCUGGAGCCCAACAAGCCUGUGGUGAGACAGAUGAAGUCAGCUCAGCAGCCGUUCACAAUGUGCUUCAGGGUGAAGUUUUAUCCCACGAGCCGAAUGAAAAUCAAGGAAGAGCUAACAAGGUAUCUUUUAUACCUCCAGCUGAAGAGAGACAUCUACCACGGUCGUCUCCUCUGUCCUUUUGCUGAAGCUGCAUACCUUGGAGCCUGCAUCAUACAGGCCGAGCUCGGGGACUACGAUCCAGAAGAGCACCCAUCAGACUACAUCAGAGACUUCAAGCUGUUCCCUAAACAAUCCCUCAAACUGGAGAGGAAGAUUAUAGAAAUACACAAGAACGAGCUCAGGGGUCAGUCUACUUCUAUUGCUGAGUUGAACAUGCUCCAAAGAGGUCACAGCCUGGAAACGUAUGGAGUCGACCCUCAUCCAUGCAAGGAUUUCACAGGCUCAACAGCAUUCCUCGGGUUCACAGCCACAGGUUUUGUUGUCUUCCAGGGAAACAAGAGGAUCCACCUCCUCAAAUGGAAUGAUGUGAGCAAGCUGAAAUUUGAGGGGAAAACCUUUUACGUCAUUGGGAUUCAGAAAGAGAAGAAACUGGUGUUGACAUUUCACACCUCAACCCCUGCAGCGUGUAAGCACUUAUGGAAGUGUGGGGUGGAGAACCAGGCCUUUUACAAGUGUGCAAAGUCGAGUCAGAUAAAGACAGUAUCCAGCAGCAACAUCUUCUUCAAAGGCAGCAGGUUCAGAUACAGUGGAAGAGUAGCAAAGGAGGUGAUAGAAGCCAGCUCUAAGAUUCAGAGAGAGCCACCAGAGGUGCGCAGAGCCCAGUUUGGUCAGAGUCGGAGCUUUAACUCUCUGAGCCAUAAAAACCUCAUCAUGAACAUGGAGCCGCUGGUACCCGCACUGCCCUCCACCAAUGAGUACGAGGAGACGGCCACAGACAACGGUGUUGUUGCUGUGAAGGACUCAGCCCCCUUGUCUCCCCUCAAACCUUCAGCUGCACCCACAGACACAGAGCAACACAACAAUGAAGGGGGAAACUCUACUUCAGGUAAUGACCUGCAGCCCUCCCGUGUUUCCAUGGAAACCUCAAAUCUCCGACCUCAGACACCCAAAGCAGAAGAUGAAGCAGAGGAGGACGAGGGCAGCGGCCCACUCACCAUAUCUGAGCUUGUCUACAGCCCCUGUGCCAGCAUGCUGCCCACCCCUGUGGAGGACAGUCAGGGAGGAGUGGACCUCCUCUUCUCCUCCCCCAUGCAGAGCCCAGCCCGGCUGCUGAGGGAACUCCACGCCGACCCUGACAUCCAGGCCCAGCUGGAGGCAGAGCGGGAACGUGAUCGGGUGUAUGAACGCACUCGGCUGGCGGCGAGGAGCAGAAUGAGUAGCGUCCUAAGCAGCAGCCUGCGCUUGCUUUCAUCCAAUGAGAGGGUCAACACGUGCGUCCUCAGCGUGGCCCGCUUUGUCGCUGUGGUAAUGGGCGUCCUGCUGGUCACUGUGCCCACACUGCUGCUGCUGUUGGAGUCUGACAUUGACGUGUCGUUCCUUCACGAGAUCCGCCAGACGCCGGAGUUUGAGCAGUUCCACUACGAGUAUUACUGUCCACUGCGGCGCUGGAUCCUGUGCAAGAUCAGCAUGGCCAUGGAGAACCUGUGGUCAGACUGAGGAGAGAGUGAAGUCACUGCAGGGGAAACAAACACGGCCAAAUGUUUGUCUUAACAUGUUAUUUGAUCUUAUAUUCAGUCUGCCAAUGAGAUGAGACAACUUUACAGCAAAUAAUUUGGACUUAAAGGUUCCACUAAAUUAAAAAGAUAAAGGCUAUCAGGGUUUCCGGUAUGAGGAAGACAGUAUUUGAUUGAAUACCCUGACAUAAGUUAAUUUAUUUCACCUCUUUGGCAUAAUAAUUUAGUGUUUUACAAAAGUAAUAGACAGGAGAACAAUACAGUUUGAAUAAAAUGAUCCAAUUAUCUGUUAAGAUAAACAUUAAGGGCCUGAUGAACUUAAGAAAAAGGCAAAAAAUACUGCAAGUGUUUAAGGACAAACCUGUUGAGGGGAGAGAUUUGUGGUUAUGACAGAAGAGGGGAGCUGAAAAACAGAGGAGAAGUCAAAAAAAGGAGGAGAAAGGUAAAAGAAAGUACUGGUAGUUGGUUUGGUUUAAUAUACGUUUUUUUGGCUGUUCACUCCUGAUGCUGACGAGCUGAUGCAAUGACUCUUUGGUAAAUAUCACCAACUGUUCUGAUUGGUCCUCAACCACAGAGCAGAGCACCCGAUUGGUCACAGAGCCUGUCAGUCAUGACGGAGUGGGUGGGAUAAGAAAGAUAAAUGGAUUGAUUCAUCACUGAACGCAAAUAGCCACAGUGAGAGGUAGAUUAUAUAUAUUUAAAAACAAAGGAGAAAUAUUGAUGAUUAAUACAGAUCUUAAAGAAGUUGUUUUUAAGGUUUUGUACAUUUUUAUGUGAUCCAGAUCUUUCAGGAAUUUUUCAGUCAGAGGAAAUACUUUGAGCUUAUUUUCAAAUUAAGAGUUUACAAAAGAUAACUUUAAAAAAAAAGCAAAUUUAUCGGGUGAUGGGUGUUGAAACAUUUAAGCUAUUUUUUAAGACUACCAUCAGCAUUGGUUGACUUGGUAGCACCCUGGGUUUUUCCUACAAAGGCUAUAGCACAAAUCUUUUACACAGACCACAGAUUACAACUGUUUCAGAUUAUGUGAUGUCAUUUUAGGAAAAAGGGGGGCAGCAGGAGGGAAACUUUAGUUUGUCUGUGAUGAGAAAACGUGACUUUUGUUGAACUUUAAAAUGUCUUCUGAACUAAAUGUCAGCUCACCCACUAAGGCUACUAGUGCAUCUUUCCGUGUGUAUAAGAGCAUCUAUUGAAGUUUAAAUGCUUUAAAACGAUUGAAGUUUAGUUUCCAGUAAAAGUAUAAAAUGCCCAGGGGAACAGGUGUGUACAAUCCAACUACACUGCUGGUACAUGAUAGAAUAAGCAAUAGACAUCUUUCAUGCAGGUCAUUUUGAGUGAUUGACAUGGCAGGAGUUAAGUUGCAAGUAUAAUUUACUGCAAGAAUACUUAACUUAACCACAAGCAGAUCCCCAUUUCACUCACCCAAUCAGGCUAGAAAUGAUUUGUAGCCAUUUCUAAGACAACGUCAUGGUAAGCAUCCUCAUGUAUCUCAUUUAAAUAACUGAAACAGUUUCCAACCUAUAACAGAAAACAUUGCAGUAGUUUCCCAUUUUUGAGUCAGUGACCAACAAGAGCUAAGCUUGCAUGAUAUUCAAAACCAAGGUUUGAUGAAUGAGGUUUCAGUUUGAAUAGAUCUAAAGCUGUGUCCGUGGAUGCUCACUGCUGAUGUGGUUGGUUAUAUCCCAAAAGAUCUAUAGCCCUGGAGUCAUAGAUGAACAGUAAAAAUCUAUAAGGUGUAUUAUGUAGCAUUUCUGCAUCGCAAUUAUAACAUUAAAGGCAUUGUUGUGUUA